AUGGAUAAGCUGUCAAUCAUAUCGGGAGCUCUGUUCUUUGCAGCAGACGUGUUUGCUGUUGUCAGUUUAGCUAUGCCUCAUUGGAUUGUGUCAGAAAUAGGAGGUGACACAAACAUUGGUUUGUUAAAAACAUGUCUGACAAUAUAUGGACGGCCAUCUAUCUGUUUUAUGCCAAGUCCAGUGCGAGGAGAAUGGUUGCUGACCUUUAUCUGUAUUGUGCUUGGAAUUAUUUGCAUCAGCGUGACCAUUGUGCUGCUGGCUCUGUCAUACUGGGAAUAUCGAGUCAUGAAAUUUGCUCGAUGGCUGGGAUUUGUAGCAAUGAUUCUGUUUUGUCUGGCGGCCGUCAUUUUCCCCAUCGGCUUUGACAUGGAUCAGAUUGGAGGUGAAGCUUAUCAACUCCCAAAUAACUACAGAGUCGGGAUCUCGUACAUUUUCUUUGUUCUGGCGCUUUGGAUUACAGUCGUCUCCCAGCUUUUUGCCAGCAAAGUUUGCUUGCCACACUUUUAA